GACAGUGCAAGGACUAUGGGUCCUGAGGGCUGGGUGGCCCCUCCCAUCCUCCCUGGGCCUGCUGCCGCAGCCAGGAUAUCAAAGGCUGCAUUGUGCUUUGAGCGGGACUUGGUCCCUCGUGUGCCAGGGAGGAGGCGGGAGGAGGGACACCGCUGGGAGGCUGUCUCCUCCCAGUGCUCCUCUGGCUGGUGUUCCCAGGGGCCUCGGCCUGGGGAGGAUGGUGCACACAUGGGUGGCUGCUUCUGCAUCCCUGGGGAGCCAAGUCUGUCCUGGGGCCCAGGUAAAGAUACUUCCAAGGAUCCAACCAUAUCAAGUGAAUUUAUAUCCUCAUCUGAAAACAAGGAAAAAUGUUUCCUGCCACAGAACAUGAUUCCAGAUCUGACACUCUCCUUCAGUGUAAAGAGCCGCUCCAGAAGGUGUGUAAAUGGCCCCUUGCAGGAAGCAGCCAGGAGGCGGCUCUGGGCGCUGGAGAAUGAGGACCAGGAGGUGCGUGCAUUGUUUAAGGACCUCUCAGCCAGGUUGGUGGGUAUCCAGUCCCAGAAAGCCCAGUUCCUCAUCACCUUUAAGACUAUGGAGGAAAUCUGGAAGUUCUCCACCUACCUGAACUUAGGCUACGUAUCUACAUGUCUGGAGCAUCUCCUUUUUGACCACAAGUACUGGCUCAACUGCCGACUGGUUGAGGAUACAGAGAUCCACGUGUCAAUAGAUGAUAAACACCUGGAAACUAUAUACCUAGGACUCCUGAUCCAGGAAGGUCACUUCUUCUGCAGAGCCAUGUGCUCUGUGGCUCAGCCAGCUGAGAAGGAAGGGGAGUAUUUGACACUUUGCAAGAAUGAGUUAAUCUCAGUGAAGAUGGCUGAAGGCGAGUCUGAGUGGGAAGGUGUGUCCUUGGUGACGGGUCAGCGGGGCCUGGUGCCAGUGUCAGCCUUGGAACCCCUGCUUCUCCCUUUCCACCAGUGGUUCCUGAAGAAUUAUCCAGGAAACUGUGGCCUUUCCAGGAAGAGGGAUUGGACAGGCUCCUAUCAGAUUGGCAGAGGAAAAUGUAAGGCCUGGAAGGAAUAUGAGAGGGAAGAAAAGGACGAGCUGAAUUUCCACCAGGGAGAAAGCAUUGAGAUCAUCGGCUUUGUCAUUCCUGGGCUUCAGUGGUUCAUUGGGAAGUCAGCGCUCUCAGGAGAAGUGGGCUUUGUCCCCACCAGGAUCAUAGAUCCUGAUUCUUAUUCCCCAGUGAGCAAGAACUCUGCCUUUUUCAGUGAUGAGGAAAAAUGCUCUCUCGGGUUCCUGGGAAGUGACAGGAAAGCUGAGUGUGUCAGCUUCCUCCGCACACUUGCUCAGACUGACAUAACAUCUGUCUACCAGCUUAGUGGGUUUGAAUCCAUCCAGAGUCUUCCGAACGAUCUGAGCGUGUCCCAGUCCGAAGGCUUCAAGCAGACCCGGCCUGGUGGAGCCUGGGAGGAGCAUCAGGCCAUGGGCUCCAGACAGUCCAGCAGCUCUGAGGACUCCAGUCUGGAGGAAGAGCUCCUUUCAGCUGCCUCAGACACCUAUCAUCUGCCAGAGCCUGAUGACCUCGAUGACCCAGAAUUGCUCAUGAACCUGAACACUGGUCAGGAGGAGGAGGAGGCUGAGAACUUUGCCCCCAUAUUGGCUUUUCUGGAUCAUGAGGGUUAUGCUGACCACUUUAAGAGCCUCUAUGAUUUUUCCUUCUCUUUCCUCACGUCUUCCUUUUAUAGUUACUCUGAGGAGGACGAGCUCAUGGCCUACCUGGAGGCCUCGAGGAAGUGGGCCAAGCGGAGCCACAUGACCUGGGCCCACGCCCGGCUCUGCUUCCUCCUGGGUCGGUUAAGUGUCAGGAAGGUCAAACUCUCUCAGGCCAGGGUGUACUUUGAGGAGGCCAUCCACAUUCUCAACGGGGCAUUUAAGGAUCUGUCCUUGGUGGCUGCCCUGUACAUCAAUUUGGCGGCCAUCUACUUGAGACAGAGGCUGAGGCAUAAAGGCUCAUCCUUGCUGGAGAAGGCAGGUACCUUGUUGGCCUGCCUGCCUGACCGGGAGUACAGUGCCAAGAGCGAGCUGGAUGUGGUGGCCUAUGUGCUGAGACAGGGCAUCGUGUCCGGCAGCUGCCCCCUGGAGGCCAGGGCCUGCUUUCUGGCCAUCCGAUUGCUCCUAAGCCUUGGCCGGCAUGAUGAGGUCCUGCCCUUUGCCGAGCGCCUGCAGCUCCUCUCUGGACACCCUCUCACCUCAGAUGCUGCAGCCACCAUCUUGAGUUUUCUCUAUGACAAGAAAUAUCUGCCACACCUUGCAGUGGCUUCUGUCCGGCUGCGUGGAACUCCGAGUGUCCAAGGGAUGGCCCUUCCAAUUUGGCAGGUCCACCUGGUCCUGCAGAACACCACCAAGCUCCUUGGCAUCUCCUCCCCAAGCUGGGGUGAAGUUUCUUCCCUGGCUUGCCCGGCACUCAGGCAGGCACUGACUUCCUGUGAGGAACAGGCGGACUGGAGCACACAGAGGGUCCUGUGUCUCAUCCUGUCCAAAGUGUACCUCCAACACAGAUCUCCUGAUGGUGCCAUCCACUACCUGAGCCAAGCUUUGAUGCUAGGCCAGCUGCUGAGUGAGCAGGAAGCUUUUGAGUCUUCCCUCUGCUUGGCAUGGGCCUAUCUCUUAUCCAGCCAGCCAAAGAAGGCUUUGGACAUCCUUGAGCCAUUCUUAUACUCCCUGAAGGAGACAGAGAGUGUUAUCCACAAAGGAGUGGUCUAUAACCUCAUGGGACUUGCACUUCAAGGUGAAGGCAGGGUAAACAGGGCAGCCAAGAGCUAUCUUCGGGCCUUGAACAGAGCCCAGGAGGUAGGGGAUGUGCGCAACCAGGCAGUGGCUUUGGCCAAUCUUGGCCAUCUGACCCUUAAGUCCUGGCCUCAGCAGCCGGCCAGGAACUAUCUUCUACAGUCUGUGCAACUCUAUUCUACACUCCAGGCCAGCAUGGAGACAGACAUGGAAUUAGUACAGGUGCUUCUCUGGUUGGCUCAGGUCCAGGUGUAUGGACGCCAGCUGGCUAGUGGCCGCUUUUGUUAUGAAAUGGCAUUGCUGUUUGGCUUAAGGCAUCAACACCUGAAGAGUCAGCUUCAGGUCACCAAAUCCCUCUGCCAUUUCUACAGCUCUGUGUCCCCAAACCCCGAGGCAUGCAUCACCUACCACGAGCACUGGCUGACACUGGCUCAGCAACUCAGAGACCGGGAGAUGGAGGGGAGGCUGCUGGAGUCCCUUGGACAGCUCUAUCGGAACCUAAAUACAUCCAGGUCCCUCAGGAGGUCCCUCACCUGCAUCAAGGAGAGCCUGCGUAUCUUCAUUGACCUGGGGGAGAGAGACAAGGCUGCUGAGGCCUGGCUUGGAGCUGGGCGACUCCACUACCUCAUGCAAGAAGAUGAACUGGUGGAGCUGUACCUGCAGGCAGCCAUCCAGAAAGCCCUGAAGUCAGAGGAGCCCUCCUUGGCUCUCAAGCUCUAUGAGGAAGCGGGUGAUGUGUUCUUCAACGGGACUCGCCACAGGCAUCGUGCGGUGGAGUAUUACCGAACUGGGGCUGUUCCCUUAGCAAGGAGGAUGAAGGCAGUGAGAACCGAGCUCCGGAUUUUCAACAAGCUGACAGAGCUGCAGAUCAGCCUGGAAGGCUAUGAGAAGGCUUUGGAAUUUGCCACCUUGGCAGCCAGACUCAGCACAGUCGUAGUCUUCCAAUUUCUAGGAGAUCAGCGGCAGGAGCUGGUGGCCUUCCACCGUCUGGCCACUGUGUACUAUUCCCUGCACAUGUAUGAGAUGGCUGAGGACUGCUACCUGAAGACUCUGUCCCUCUGUCCACCCUGCCUGCAGAGCCCCAAGGAGGCCUUAUACUAUGCCAAGGUGUAUUAUCGUCUGGGCCGACUCACCUUCUAUCAGCUGAAGGCAUUUGAGAAGAGUAUUUAUGCGAAGAAAAUAAUGAAUUUCAGCUUGGAACAUGUGGAGCAAGCACUUAGAGUUUGCAUCCAACUGGAUGUAAAACCAUUUAAUGUCCAUAUUGUCCACUUGACAUUAUGCGCCAUGGGGUCAGAGACUGCCUGGGUCACCCUUGUACCUACAGCAUGAGAAAAGUGCCUGACUCACAAAGGUACUCAAUAUUGAUUUAUUGGAUAAAUGAUUGAAUGAAUAUGUGAUUGCAUGGUUGGCAUUAUUUAGGAUAUAAGUUAUACAUGGGUAAAAUAAUUAAAUAACUAAGUAUGAUCCCCCUCUCCCCAAAAGGACACCAGAAAAUGAGAAAUAGAGAGAAAUGCGAGUGAGUGUGGUCUUCCUACAGAGACUCCAAACAGUGUAUUGCCCAAAGGAAGAAGUGGGGUUGUUCUCUUUCCAAUUCUUGUGUGAGCUGUCCUUCGAGGGCCUUGAGGUGUUCUCGGCCAGGGUUUCAUAGUGCCCUGGCAUUCUCUGCCAGCCAAACUAUGUUGCCAAUCAUCAUGAAAGUAAAGAAUCUUUCUUCCUGUCUUUUGACUUCAAACUGGGGUCAAAGGCCUUAGGCUGGUGUGAAAAUAAAUAAAGGCCCAGAGCAGACAAAGGCCAUUCUGCAGCCAGCCGUCACUGUAAACACUGGCCUUCCUUUCCUCUAGUCUGAAGCUCUCAGUACUUCCGUGGGCCCAUCAUGACCUCAGUUGGCCUAGUGGCCUGGUGGCUGCAGCAGGUCCUGGUGGUCUCAUGGUAAGAGAUGGGAGGCUUCUGAGGGACGUCAGAGGUAAGUGACAACUCUGGAAAUGUGUGUGUGAAUGCAUACUCAAGGUUAUGAUACUUUUUACUUUUUUGAAGGAUGUACAACACCCAAUUUACAAAUAAUAAAAUGUAAAUGCUAAGGUAAAUUCCAUAUUAAUUUUCAGACAAUGCAUUCCGUGAUAAUUCAGAACUCUUGUAUCUAGUGUCAAUCAUGGUUGCAGUUGGAUAACAAGAACAGUUUUGACAAGAAUGUUCAUUGAUAUUUUCACUAACAAGUAAGACAAAAGUGAAACAACAAAGAGCUUGGAAACCACUCAUUUGUCAAUAGUGUGAGUGACUUUUUUUCUGAGUUUGAAAGAAUAUUGCCUGCUUUUUGUGCUUAUCACUGUGGAACAGCUAUAGGCUUGUCAGCUUUAAGUAUAAUCUACAUUAUUAGUUUCACUUUCUUAAAUCUAGACAAUCAACAGAACCAUAAUUAGGUCUCUAUUUGUAGCAUUUGCAAUUUUCUGUGGUAUAACUACUCCUACUUUGGCUAAUUUCGAUCUACUAGUGUGAUGUUACUGACUAUGGGGCUGGGAAAGAUAUGCACACCACCGUAUAGUGACUACCAUACAGAUGUGAUAGAUGUAAAUGACCUUAGAAGCAGAUUCUACUAAACUAAUCAGGAAGUGAUGAGUUUUGAAUAUUUAUUACCUAUUUUUAAGGUGGUAUAUUUGAUCAUAAGUUUCAGUUCAGUUCAGUUCAGUUGCUCAGUUGUGUUCAACUCUUUGCAACCCCAUGAAUCGCAGCAUGCCAGGCCUCCCUGUCCAUCACCAA